AUGAGAGCGUUCACUCUCAGGCGCUCGCUCGCUUGUCUACUUCCCACUCGCCCAUUUCUUUCUGUGCACCCCAAUGCUUCGAUUCAAAGCAGACUAGGACCCCCCAAAUUUGCUCUGCCUUCAACAUCACGAAACUUUCAGUCAUCACCUACCCUCAGAGAAAAAUGGAUUUUAUCAGAAGUCAUACUAUACGAGCUCAAAGAUCGAAAAAUAGAAAAAUGGGGCUGGGUUUUCUACCGGACCACAUACAAAGAUGACGAAGCCUGGGAUAUCUUUAAGCAAAAGGUCAUCAUUUCAGUGCGCUCAAUCAUCAACCUCGACCCCCGAUCAGAGCUCAAUGAAGCCAUCUUUGAGAAACUCAAAUUUGUCUUCAUCGAAGACAAGGCAAAGUUCGAUGGAGCUUCCAAGGAGGAGCUACGCGCGCACUUCCAAGAAUGGGUGGGAAAUAGCUUCUCGGCUGAGAACCCACAUGCUGAUCAAAAGCUCCUAUAUGACGAUGAACCUGUUUCAAAAUAUCGAUUCUUCUUCGAAAUUGACGAGGAUGCAUUACGCAGCUGUAGCUCUAAAGGUUCAGGCCAUGCCAACUUUGUGGAUGGCUUUUGGUCGUCGAGUAGAGUCCGCGCUGGCGAUCUCGACCUUGCCGUGCGGAAUAAUCCUGAACAGCUGCAGAACCAAGUGGACGCUGUUGCAGACUGUUUGGAUGUUGGGUGGAUGAGAAUGGACAUGGCCUUUUUCAUGGAUACUCAUUUCUACGCAGGCAUGAGCGGAUCGGUAGACCAUAUGUGGCCUUUCUUUUACGAGUGCCCUCCUGCCAUUGUACCGAACAGCAAGCUUAUCCUGCUGAUGCAAAUACAGAAUUUGGCGCGUAGGAGGUGA